AUGAAACAGGGCUUCAAGCCUAAAUCAAUCCAUUAUAUUGAAGUAGGUAUGAAGGUUUUGUUUUAUCAAAGGCUUAGGAAACUUCGAGGAACAAUCAAGUACGUCGGACCUGUACUUCGACUUCAUUUCAUCGGCGUAGAGUUAGAUCCGUGUGAAGGUGAAUAUCGAUCUAUGAAUAUUGAAAUGUACUGAUAAAAUUAAGAGAAAGUUAUUGCUCCUAGUAAAAGUGAGUAAGUUCGUGAACUUGAGACUUUAAAAAGACUGUACAUCGACUGUAAGUGUAAAUAUAAAGUAUCUUUCGUUCAGAAGAGUUAUUUUAUAUGCUCUGGUCUAGGGAGCUGUCUUAAAGCACUAACACUGAUAGGCAUCAAGGAAAUGUAUUCUGAAGGUAAUAAAACAAGAGUACUCAUUGAGAUCUAAUACCGAGAUAACCCGCCCCAAGAGCGAAGCGAUGUUGUGGGAAAAGGUUCUCCCCUCAUUCAUUGUGAAACUAAACCUGCAUUUAGAUUAAAACAAUUGGUUAGCGUGUUUUUUAAUAGUAAGUGAGGCUCGCCUUUUAUAAUGAUUUUCUCUAACCUUAGAUAACUGAAAGUUUUUUUUUCCUUCUUUCAGAAUUACCGAUUUGGUUAGGUCACCGUGAGAGCAACGGAACGUAUGAUGGAAAAAGAUACUUUAGCUGGUGGGUAAUGUUAUGUCUCCCGCUUAAGGUAAUUUUUUUAACCCAGAAAUUCUUUUUCGAUUUAUACGUCACAUGACAUCGAUGGCGUAUGAUAUAUUGAUAAGGACGGAAUUAAUUCUGUAACGUCUCCAUUUACUCAUGCACAUCUAUUUUUGGUUUGAUUUAUUAAAAAUGACAAAAGAUCUUUUUUGUUUUUUGUAUUAACCCUCAGUGCACCUGGUAGAGGCCUCUUCAUUGAGUUUUGUGAAGUUAUUGAGUGUUACAGAUGACGAUAACAGUAAUGUGGCUGCUGUUUCUUUGCUUCCAAUGUGAAAGAACAAGAAAAGUCAGAACAGUCUCUGUCUACCACCUUGAGAUGUUCGUUCACUGCUCAUAGGGGAUUUCGUCGACCAAUCACAGCAACUACUCCUUGGUCCGUUUGUUUGUAAAUUCAAUAGAAGUUAACAUAAGUUAACAUAGCUUGUCAUAAGGCUCGUAGAAUUUCAAAGAUUUUACAAACGUAUGGUAUUAAAGAAUUGCAUCUUACUCCUGUUGCAAUCUCUUUUGAUGCAGGUGUUUAUUCGUCGGUCAUCAUAAUUAGCUUGUAAGCUUAUCGUGCGGUCAACAGCUUUUCAACAUUUUUAUGUGACUCAACUUCAUGGUCUCUCGUUCACUUUCAUCGAAAAGGCCUAGAUCUGAAAUUAACCAAUUGCUACCCGAGUUUCGAGUCAAAUAACCGUAACACACUUCAAUAUAAGAAAUUUAUGAAAAGCGCAGGUAGCCUUUGAAGACAACUGUUGAUUUAGCGGGAAAAUAGACGCGUGUUGAUGACCAAGUGUAAAUAAAAAGCAAAACAAAAGUUCUUACUCUACCCAAAGGCACCUCCACCCUAAAAUGAGUCCGCAAAAAAUUUAAGAUUAAGCUAUCUGGGACGAGUUUUCAAUAACAGAGGAAAAAUGAUAACAUCAACAAAUACUUUGUACAUUAAUUAACUGAAGAUGACAGAAGUUUCUGUCGAAACAUGUAUUACAGACUCAAAAGUUUUGUCUCUAUCUUAAAUUCUUAUCGAUCAACGACAAUAUAGCAAAACAAAAGAAAUUAUACAAAAUUUCGUAUCCGUAAAUAACCAUCUGAAUUUCUUACAUGCAAGUGAAGCCAUUCGCUCUACAAAGCUCACCAGCUCAAAAACUGAGUAGAUGAAGAAGUAAAGGAAGAUUGAAAAUAACGUGUAUUGCAUUGUUAGCAUAACUGCAAUAUAUGCUCACAGAAAUAAUUGUGUGUUGGGCAUCUUUGAAUCGUGUAUUCAUGACAAAACCGUAGAAUUGAUAGUGGUAAAUAUUUGAUUUUCCAUGAAUGUAACAACCUGCCAGUUAAAUCUAUGAAAGCUCAUAAUUACUUUGAUAAAAGGUAUGUAUUCUUGGUUGUCAUUCUACAACAAUACAAGUUGUCAAUAUGAAGGAUGAAUACAGUUAAUGAAAUAGCGAAAUGAAAAAAGAAACCAAAUGUAUAUCAAUUUUUGGAAAACGUCACGCUCAUCAAUCAUUGUCUUGAUGUCACAAGGAUGCGUUUCUUUCUCUGAUUUUUUCAUACAAUUUUCCAAGGCUCAUAGUUUCUCUUCCCUUUCAGUUGUGUUUACCCAGAGCAUAUAGUAGGAUUUGGACGUGGGUGGUUCAUAAAUAAAUAAAUAAAUAAAUAAAUAAAUAAAUGACAAUUUAUAUAGCGCCCUAUCCAAAAGCUCUAAGGCGCUUCACAAUCAAAGAAAAAAAUAAAAAUAACAAUCAAAGGUAAUCAUUCAUAAAAAUAAUGCUUGAAAAGAUAAGUUUUAAGAUUACGCUUAAAAGCGUUAAGAUCUACACUACAUUUUAUGGUUUCAGGAAUGUCAUGCCACAGCUUAGGUGCAGAGACAGAAAAGGCGCGAUCGCCAUAAGAUUUCAACUUGGAGCGAGGAAUCACUAACAAAUUCCUACUCGAUGAUCGUAUGGACCUAAUAAGCUUAUACUUGUUUCUAACAAGUCACUGAUAUAACUAGGGCAUAAAUUAUUUAAAGCUUUAAAAGCAAAAAAUAAGAUUUUAAAAAUAAUCCUCUACUCCACGGGGAGCCAGUGCAUUUCCCUCAGUAAAGGAGUAGCGUGAUCAUGCUUGCGACCACAUAAGAUCAGCCGUGCCGCACAAUUCUGGGCUAAUUGCAAUCUAUGAACUAAAACGUUUCGGAAGACCAUAUAACAGAGAAUUACAGUUGUCUGAUCUGCAUGUGACGAAGGCGUGUAAUAACGCCGUAGUACUACUAACUGACAAAAACUUUCUAAUCCGAGAAAUAUUCCGGAUGUGAAAAAAUGCAGAUUUACAAAUAGCAGAAACUUGACGUUCCAUAUUUAACUUAUUGUCAAAGAUUACACCUAUGUUCUUGGCAGAGUGCGAAGGCUGUAUAAAAGAACCGUCAGUCGCUGUAAACGAAGGAAGCUGAGAAGUAGACAAAUUACCCGAUCCGAUGACCAAAAGCUCAGUCUUAUCAUCGUUUAGUUUAAGCUUGUUCAAUGACAUCCAAGUUCCAAUAUCUUGUAGGCAGGCUUCGAUUCUCGUAGUAGUAACUGAUGAAACUGAGUCAAGCGAAAAAUAAAUCUGAAAGUCAUCUGCAUAGAAAUGGAAGUUCAUAUUAUGUCUUCUUAUAAUGUCGCCGUGAGGAGACGUAUACAAUAAGUACAAAAUCGGACCUAGAACAGAUCCCUGGGGAACUCCAAACAAUCAGAAUCAGAGUGACAGGAAUUUGAUCCAUUUAUGCCAACAAAUUGACUUCGGUCUGUGAGAUAAGACUUAAACCAAGCAAGAACCUUGCCUUUGAUACCAAACCGAGUAUUAAGUCUGUGAAGUAAUAAACCAUGGUCGACCGUGUCAAAUGCCGCAGAAAGAUCGAGCAGUAAUAAAACAACAGUCCAGCCACGAUCCACAGUACGUAAGAUGUCGUCAUGAACUCUCCGGAAGGGCAGUCUCAGUGUUAUGCAAUUUCUUGUAAGCAGAUUGUAAUUUCUCAUCAAGGUUGUUGUCAUCAAUAUACUGCACAAGUUGUACCGCAACCGAUUUCUCAAUCAAUUUAGAGACGAACGGAAGGUUAGAAACAGGACGAAAAUUCUUAAAAUCUUCAGUAUCUAAAUUAGUCUUCUUUUACAAUGGAAUAAUCAAGGCAGUUUUGAGUAAGUUUGGUAUAAGAGCCUCAUCUAAGGAACGAUUUACAAUAUCAGUUAUGACUGGUAACAACCUUGGUAAACAUUAAGUUAGCGCAUAAUCUGGGAGGGGAUCGAGAGCACAAGUUUUCACUCUGGAGGAUUUAAUAAAGUUAGCUAUAAGGUCGGUAGAAACACGUUGAAAAGUCGCAAAUUCACAGGACCGGGAUUGAGUCGCAGAGUUAUCCAAGUAAGGGACAUUCGGAAAUCCAGUACUAUGAACAGGUAAACUAUCGCGUAUACGUCGUAUCUUGUCAAUAAAGAAUGAUUUGAACUUUUCAGCUAUAGCCAUAUCCAAACCCACAGAAGGAUAAAGUACUAUUGGUUUCCUGUAUAAGAAAUUAUUAACUGCUUUAAAUAAUAUUUUCUGGUCUCCUUGGUUGCUUUCAAUUAUAGAUGAAAAUUGGUUUUCUUUUGCACAACGAAUCAAGUCAUUCACCUCACGAGAAUGUUCGGUGUAUAAUAGAUGAUUAGCUUCGGUGUUAUGCGCGCGCCAUUGUCUUUCCAGUUUUCUUCUCUUUCUCUUUGCAACUUUGAUUUCAUCCGUAAACCAUGACGCAUAAGGGCGAAGGGUAACAGACCUACGAAUGAUUGGGGCAUGAUUGUCGAUCAUAGAUUGCAGAGUGGAGUUGAAUUGAUCAAAAGCUAAUGAAAGGUCAUCAUUUAGAGGUGAUCUAAUUAGCGCGGAGUCUUCCAGGUCAGAGGAGAACUUAUACAUGUCAAUGGCACGUAAACGUCGAAAAGAUAACAUUUGAUCUUGAGCAACAUGUUUACAAAAUCCAGAUUACACCGGAUCAUAAAAUGAUCAGAAAAUGCAGGAUCAAAGACUCUUGAGAUUCUUGAUGGAAGAUUGUUCCUCUCUAGUGAUAACGAGGUCUUAUGCGUAGAAUCAUUUACAUGCUGGCGAAGGUUAAAUGAAUGGCCAGUAAAUCGCCGACCAGCAUUAUUUUGAGAAUCAACAUGAAAGUUGAAGUCACCAACAAUCAGCAAAUAGCCUGAUCCAUUACUAUAUGGGCAAGAUAGCAAGCAAACUCAUCAAAAAACAGUGACACAUCGGAUGAAGGAGGACGGUACAAGACAAUUAAACGGACAAAAUACUUCGUAGCCCUGAGUUCCAGCUCAAGAUGUUCGAAAGAGCAAUAGGAUUAUGUUUAUAUUUUUAAUAUAAGUUUUUGUUUAUGUUUUUAAUAUAAGUUUUCCCUUGCAAGUUAUUUUGGUUUUUGAUCAAAUCACUCUUUGGACCAGGAAAUGUUUUACACAAAUCCAAUUUCAGUUUGAACCCUCAUAGUUAAGACCGUCUGCAUAAACCUUAAGCUUAGUGUACUAUAGUGAUAUUGUGGCGUCAUUGCUGCAGUCAUCUCAGCUGCCCGAUCUACUGAGUAGGUUAACCCUGCCAACCCGCCUAGACGGGUCACCCCAUCUAUCUUGUAAACACGAUUAAGAUAAAACAAGAGAUUAUAUGGACGAGCUGGGUUACCUCACCUACCUGGGCUCCCACUUCCAUGUAAACAGGCCCUAAAGCGUACAGUUGUCGCUACAUCUGUAAUUUAGUUCGUAUGCUUUCUUAAUGCUGCGAUCAGUAUUUUUGGAAUUCUCUCAUCUCAGUAUGGUGCAACUAUGUAGCGAUUCCUCUUUGUGUAUUGAUAUCCGUCUUCAAUUAUACCUGGAUCUUCUUCAGUCAUUGUUAACAUCAAACGCAGGUACAGACAGUACUUCAUCCACAGUAUGAUCAACAUAACCAAACAAUUUUUCAUGAAACUCCACUGAACAUGUGGCGAUACAGGAAAGCAGUGGCAAGUGCACUGUGGCUGCAGUUGGCUUUAGUCGCUUGCUAUAAGCCCCUCGGCGUAGUGGAGGCUUUGUUUACUCAAAGCUGACAACCUUCAUUAAUUUUCUCUGUUAGGCAAUUACAGGGACAUUGGUUUCUCGCUCAGUUAUACACACAGACAGAGCACUCCUGUGGAUAUUGCACACUUUGCUCGGGGGUUUUAUUCUACCCCAGGCUUAGUAUUCUAUGUAUUUCCUAAAAUUUCUUUUUUAGAAAAUUCUCAUUUUCUUGUUUCCCUCUCGACUCAGCACGCUGUGCCAGUUGGUACUCAGUACAGAUUAGUUUUGUGCAGUGCUCCCCCAUGCCCCGCCUCUGUUGUUGUUCUUUGAUCUGUUAAUACGUGUUUUGUCUCACAAAUAUUGAAUAUAUGUUGGGAUUUUUCCCAGUGCUGGAGUCAGAGGGCCUAAUUUGAGUCUCAGAGAGUUUGGGAACUAGGUUUGUUACUCUGAAAGUCACACAUGCGCACACCUAAUUCUCUCUUCCGGCUUCGUUCUGAAACCCAGAUCACAAUGGCGGCGGGUCAGAAUAUUCCAGAGCUUGGAGGCUAUGAUUUUGAGUUUACAAGUGUAGUUCCCGAUGAUUUUGAAUGUCCUGUGUGCCAGUUAACAAUGAAAGAUCCAAUACAGAUCGGAGGAUGUGGCCAUAGAUUUUGUAACAUAUGCUUGGAGAGUUUGUUGAGGUAAGGGCGAAUCACUGUAUGUCGAAACAAGCUACAACUGAAAACAAUCAAGGUUAUCUGAAAGUUGAAUUACGAUAUUGACCGGUUGAGUCACUUUCCAAGGGGUAUCAUAGUGUGCCUUAGCUAUAUAGAAAUAACUGCUAGAUAGCUUUAUCCGGCAUAAAAUAAUUCAAACAGGUUCGAGGUCGCUGUGAGUACUUGUGAAUGCGACGGAAAGCUAUCAAAUAUUUGAUCAAAUAUUUGUUGGCUGCCUUCUAGGUGUCUUCGAUUGCUUCAGCACAAGCGCAUCUAAGAGAGUCAUCGAAUGAUUUGAUCUUUCUCGUUUACUUUGUUAAACAUGAAUCGACUGAAACUAAUUACAAUUUGUCUCUUAAAUGCAAAUGUUAAUUAUAUGUUAUAAGUCUAUCAUUAUGGAUUCCGCAACAAGAUAUGGCCCAGUGAUGACUUUAUAAUAAAUAAUACACGCGGUAACUGAUUUUUAAAGAUUUUGUUUGUUGUCUGAUUUUUUUGUUUGUCUGAUGUUGCAAAUUUCCUUUAAUCAGAGGCCAUUCUCCAAAAUGUCCAGUAGACAGACAGCCUCUUUCACGUGAUAAGGUAAUGAUAUCCCAUGUCUUCAUAUUUGCGGGUCACGCAAACUAGCGAUUCCAAGUUCUGCGCUCGGUGAACAGAUCCUUAAGCAUUUAACUUACAACUCGAAACGCAUUCUCCGUCAAAUGGGUGCCUGUAAAAUGCCGAAAAGAGCAUAACGCAUAAAUUAUGACUGACAAUGCAAUUGACGCCAUGUGGUCACUCAGUAUUCGUCACGCAAAAUACGGUUUCGUCGAAUUGCUCUCGCUUUAAACGCUGACCUUUCGGUGACAUACUUUGUUUGACGCUGAAUUCUUGACUAAUCUUUAGGCUACUCGUUUCACAAAGAGUCAUAAAAGCCCACUAGACGCUUAGAUCCCUCAGUGUAACGUUGCGUAAAUUGAGUACCGCGGGUCUCGAAAUUCUUACCCUGAUUAACUAAUACUCAAGUAGUGUUAUUUAAAUUUGGGUAGCGACAAUUUUGCCAACAAAAUAAGGACAACAACACGAUCAAUUAAUGAUAAUGUUCUUUAUUGUAACAUAUGGCUUUGAAAUGUAAUCGAAAUAAAUUUUCAAGGGAGAGAUAAUACAAAUAUUAGGAAAAGAUAACAUCGUAAUAUUCCCCAAAGUUGACAAACGUUUGAAUUGGUAAAGAAUGUGAUAGCCGAUAAAGAAACUACCCGCGAACCUAAAAGAAAUCUGCCAACGAUUUCGUUUUGUCUAAUACCGUACGCUAUCUGGAUUAUAAGGACUUUUCAACGCAACAGCAAUUCAUAUUUCUCCCCUUGUGGGACUGACUUGAGCUGUUUUUAUAUAUAAUAAGAAUCCCGUCAGUCAUAUUUGCGGGCGAUCCUCUUCGCAUAUGUUUUGUCAAACGAGUAAAGAACUUAUCAGGAUGCCAGAAGAGUGCAUGCAUAAUUGAUAUUAGUUUUCUGUUUUACUGCGAGUAUACCCUGCGAGUAUAAGUACCAUCGCUAGGUAAGCGACGUCAUAAUAUCUUAUUUUUCGAAUAGUUGUCUCCAAAAAUCUCUUUAUUUGAUAGUACUUCCUAAAUAUAUCUGUAAAAUAUCGCUUUAACUAAAAGUUCGACUUCUCUCAAAACACACAUGUUAAGUAAGAUCGCCUCAGGUUUCGCACACUAUUUGGCACGCAUAUAAACAUACUUGUCAAGCAAGAUUGACUACAACACACGUACUCUAUUCGGUACGCACGAAACGCACAUGUCAAAUGAGAUUGACUAAAAGUAUCGUGUUCUAUUCGGCACGCACACAAAACGUACAUGUUAAGUAAGGCGGACUUCAAGUCUCGUACUCUGUUCGGCACGCACAGAUACGCACAUUUCCAGUGAGAUUGACCGCAACACUCGUAUUCUAUUCGGCACGCACAGAAUUGCACAUGUCAAUUAACAUUGAAAACGUCUCGCUCACUAUUUGAGACGCACAAAAACGCAUAUGUAAAGCUAAAUUGCCUCAAGUCUCGCACUCUAUUCAGCACGCACAGAAAACGCACAUGUCGGUGAGAUUGUCUACAAACUCGUACUCUAUUCGGCACGCUUAAAACGCACAUGGUUGGUAAGAUUAAAUUCAUGUUUCGCACUCUAUUCGGCACGCACAGAAAACGCACAUGUCGAGUGAGAUUGACUACAAGUCUUGUGCUUUAUUCGACACGCACAAAAACGCACAUGCAUGUCAAUUAAGAUUGCCUUAAGUUUCGCGCAUAUUAAGUACGGCUGACGUCGAGGCCUCGUACUCUAUUCGAUACGCGAAACAACGCACAUAUCAAGAAAGAUUGACUACGAUACUCGCACUCUAUUCGACACGCACAGAAACGCACAUGUCAAGUAAGAUUGCCUUAAGUUUCGCACUAUAUUCAGCACACACAGAAAACGUACCCUAUUCGGCACGCUCAGAAAACUCACAUGUCAAGCAAGAUUGACUACAACACACGUACUCUAUUCGGCACGCACGAAACUGGCAUGUCAAGUGUAAAUGACUUCUUGCACUCUGUUCAGCGCGCUCAGAAAACGCAUAUGUCAAUUUAGGUUGACUACAAGUCUCACUCUCUAUUCGGCACGCACAGAAAACGCACAUAUCUAGCUAUAGUAAGAUUGCCUCAAGUCUCGUACUAAUUUGGGCACGCACAGAAAGUGCACAGUUAAUCAAGAUUGAAAUCAAGUCUCGCACUCUAUUCGGACUCGAUACAGACAGCUGAUCUGUGGAUUUCCUAUCCUAUUUUAGAAUUCUAUAGCUCUUUUCUUUGACAAUCUGCUUCUAUUGCAAUAUUGUUAUUGUUAUUCGUCAGCCUGUUAUUCUGACAGCUGGGAAUAAUGAAGCUUGCCUUACUUGACAUAAAGUUACAAAUUUUGGAGUUAAUGGUUGAGCUCUUACAUUGUAUCUUAUUUUAAGUUUUGACAAGUUUAUAUAGGGACAUAGCGAAGGAUUUUGCAACUUAAGCAACAAGUUACGAAUGGCUCUGUGUCGUAAUUUGAUAUUUUUGUAAGCGCUCUUGAUAAUCAGCAAUCGCAGAUCGUUUUUAUCAAAACCGAGGUUUUCGUAAUUUUUGUUUGAAUCACACACUACCACUGCUGUGUGAUUACAACGUGAUAGUGAUGGGUAUUACGCAUUCAAUUUACCUUCUAUUUUCUCUUACCAUUUUCACAACCUGGCAUGACCGUCAAUGAAAUAAUUCAGGAAUGGUAAUAAUCAUUGUAGGAGACCCGCAGUACUCAAUUUAGGCAACGUUACAUUUGGGGAUGUUAGCGUUUGAGGGCUGUUUUGAAUAUUUGUAGAACGAGUAGCCUAAAGAUUAGACAAGAAUUCAGCAUCAAACAAAGUAUGUUACCAAAAGGACAGCCUUUGCAGCAAGAGCAACUCGACGAAGCCGCAUCUUGCGUGAAAAAUAUUGAGUAACCGCAUGGUUCCGAUUGCAUAAUCAGUCACAAUUUAAGCGUCUUACUCUCUUCGGCAUGGUGCUCAAUUCGGCGUUUUCCGAAGGGUAAAACCACAGAGAAUUGAAGUUAAUUUGGAAGCAACAGACUGCAUUUCUAUUAGUCUAACAGCUUAACAACUUACUGGGGAUGUUGGAAGAACACGAGAAAAGUUUAUAAAUCUCGAGCUAGCGGAGGUUCUUCCUACAUCCUGCGCGGGUUAUUGCGCCGGUAAGCCGAUAGAAAGUGCGUUUCCUUUCUUAAUUAUCUUCAAGUAGAGUACAAAACGUAUGCCCUUGAUUUGAAUUGGAAAAAAAGCUUCGGCCAUGUAAAUUCAGCCAGAAAAUUUUGCGUAGAAGCUGGAGAAUUGGGAAAUCCAUCUUGUAAUAGUGCAUUAUAGUUUUAUUUUAAUACUACCAGUCCAUUUAAACACUGCCCGUUCUUUUUAUGCUACAAGCAAAAACUGACGGCAUUUUUUUCUUUUUCUUUUUUCUCGCUCAAGAUCUCAUUCUUUUUAUAUCUUCUUUCAAGUCCUCCACGCCUUUGUUGAAGAGUGAAAGAUCGUAAGAUCUUGUUGACAUCAGUGUAACCUGAUUAGAAUGUAUUGCCCAAUAAUAUGCUUGUGUCUGGGUUGUCAGAUAUUUCCAGAUGUCGCCUGUCAUCGCAAAAUUCUGGAUCUGAAGGUGAAAUGCCCUCAUGUUGGGUGUCCUUGGAAGGGAGAACUCCGAGCUGUGCAGGUAUUAUAUUUACGUCAAACCCACGUAAGGGCGUUCUCCAUCACCUCAUUUGCAGUUAAUCCCAAAAAUGUAAAAAUCUCUUAAGCAUUGUAAUUUGUCUCCUAAAUAAUAAGCAAGCGUUGCGCUUAUUCCCGCUACUCUUAAUCACUGAGGCAACAAGAUAAGACUUCGACAAUUUCUUGCACAAUAGUAAAGGUCUGGAGUGGACAGCGGUGUUGUUUUACCAUUUUCAAUCUGCGGUGUCAUAGUCAGCAGUUUGCGCGUGACAUGACAGAUUUUCCCAAUAUCUACUAUUCUUUGAUAGGUGCUUAUCACUGACGAAGGGCUAACGCUCGAAACGUCAGCUUUUUUACCCUUUACGGUGGCCAAUUUAAGUUGUCAACUCAGUUGUUAACACUAAAUUACCUGCUAUACUCUCCCACUGACGCAGCACCACAGUUUCUUUAGAAACUUACCCCCUUUAUUCGCUUAUCAUAUUAGACGAUUAAUUAAUAUUUAUCCCUAAUUUUAGCGAUAUCAUUAUUAUCCAAAAGUCACACGUAAAUUUCACAUUUCUUUUCUUAGAUCCUAAACCGUCAGUCAACCGAUUGUUUCACGUUCAAUCAAGUCUCCCUUAUUUUCUUUUGCCUGUUGUAUGUCUUAGCAGAUUGAUUAAUGAUUACAUUUGUGUUUAUUCUUGAUAAAUUAUGAUUUAAGAAACAUCAGUCAGAAUGCCUGUUCAAAGUGGUGGAGUGUCCAAAUGAAGGAUGUAAAGAGAAGCUCACCAGGCGAGAUAUGAACAAUCACAAGAUAACGGAAUGUGUCUGGAGGGAAGUUAGUUGUGGAUAUUGUCGAAGAUCAUUUAUCGUGAAAAACAAACAGGUUUGUUAACAAAAUUAUGUUCCUUGUACAGCUUCUACAAGGGCAGCAUCUCAAACUUUUGCUUUUUACCCAAAGUGGAAAAGUGGUGACGACUUUCAGUCUUUAUUAAGUCAAGGUUUUGUUGAGCUCUAGGUAUCUUCUCUUAUUCGAUAUAAAAUUGUUACACAGAAACAUCUUACUAAAGAUGAGCUUAAAUGUCGGGUUCAAAAACUUUGAUCCCUCACUGAUGAAAAUAUUCGUACAACAACCUAUCUUUAUUGGUCAUAAUUUUAAUAAGACGGGGGAAUUUUGAAAGCACUUUAGCUAUAAAAACUUAUUUUCGAUUUUCUUCAGCAACAUCAUAACGUCUGUCAAAAGUUUCCGGUUCAAUGUACCAACAUUUGUGGUCUGAGUAAUAUUCCACGAGAAAAGGUAAGAUGUAAUAUUCUCAGGGAUUCUCAGUAAUUCUCACGAGAGUUUAAUUGAAAGUUCAUGCACACAGCCCGCAUGGGACAUAGUGCUUAGUCCUGUUUUAUGUGAGCAAUUGGAGGCUUUCCGUGCUUUAGUGUUCAAAGAACGUGCAAUACUGUUUUGAAUACUUUCCUUGCUUCAUCAGUCAGAGGGCAUUAAGGUCGUUAUUUUCUGCCUUGAGUGUGCCCGCCAGAAUUUAAUCUUGAUUGCUCCAUGACAGGGAAGCAAUCCAUAACACCGUAACGAUCCCUUCAAGGAAGUUUGCUCCGUUGAAUUUUUCUGAGGAAUGCCUUAGACUAAUUAGGGAACAUUUUUAAAUUUAGUCCCUAAAUUCAGUUUCCUGAUUCAUAAAAUACGAAAUCUAAGGAGUAAUUUUGAAACGCUGAAUGAUUUCUUUUCGCUAGGCACGAGGGGGGAUUUGUCUGGCUGCUCGCUCUAGACUAAAUUUUUUUCAUCUUUAUGUUUUAGCUCGUGGCUCAUAUUCGUGAUGACUGUCCUUUAACAGAAAUUGAUUGUAAAUACAAGAACGUAGGAUGCCAAAGUGCGGUAUGAAACAGCUUUCAGUUUAUAUUAACUUGCAGGUUUGGAGGGGAGAUCGUAACUUUGUAUUGUAUUUGCAAAUCAUGUUGUAAAAUGAAGUAAAACGGAUUCUCAAAUAUAUACAUUUUUCAUUUUGUAGGGUUUAAAAAAUUCCAACUAAGCAGUGUUGUAGUUGAAUUAAACUGUGCACUGCUGGAUGGAACAAUUAGAUAAAAAAUUGACAAAAAUUGAAUGUUAGGAUUGUUUUUAAAGAUUUUACUAACCACAUGGUCUUUUUUUUUCAGUUUCCAAGAACAAGAACAAAAUCUCACUUAGAAUCGCACAUGGAAAGCCACUUGCUCUUAGCUGUAUGCAGCCUUGAGACCACUCAGAAUCAGGUUAAAGACCAGUCAAAGCAGAUAGAGCGAUUGACAUCUCUAUUCAAUGAUCAGUCACAGCAGUUGAAUGAUCAGUCACAGCAGCUGAAUAAUCAGUCACAGCAGCUGAAUAAUCAGUCACAGCAGCUGAAUGAUCAGUCACAGCAGCUGAAUAACCAGUCACAGCAGCUGAAUAAUCAGUCACAGCAGCUGAAUGAUCAGUUACAGCAGCUGAAUGAUCAGUCACAACAGUUGAAUAAUCAGUCACAGCAGAUAGAAGGAUUGGUGGCCAAGAAUACAGAACAGUCACAGCAGAUAGCCAGUUUAACGUCCUCUAUGCAGGGUCUGGUGCAGCAGGUAGAACGCCUCACAGGCCAGGAUCGACAUCAAGCUGUGCUGGUGGACAAACCGACCAACCAAACCAAGGGCAUGACAAACAAGACAGAGGCAAAUAUUGACAAGGUUGAAGAGGGUAAGUUUCUGAAGAAACUGUGGCGCUGCGUCAAUGGGGGGUAUAGUAAGAUAUCUUGGUUUUAUCAAUUGAGUUGAUGAAGUAAAUUGGCCACCGUAAAGAAUUUCUAAAGCUGACGUUUUGACUGGCAGCCCUUCGUCAGAGUUAAUAGUGAAAUUUUGGCUUGCGUGUGUUUUAUAUGCAUAAAAAUAGUAGUCUUACCAAUAAUCACACUCUUACUCGUAUCUGACAAAUUAUUACCCACAAGUGAGUAUUUGAUAGCAUUUUUAUUUUUGGGGGGGGGGGGGGGGACGGGGGCACUGGUGUGUAGAUUCGCUCAUAAGCUCAUGUUAGGCAGAGCUAAGUCAUUUAAACUCCGAGUAAAACUACUGGGUUAUGUUGGCCUUUGGUGACCUAAAAAGAUCAAUGAAUUCUAAUUGAUAAUCGUGAUGUAUUUAGUUUGAUUAUCGUUUUGAUUAUCUAUUGUUUUUGUUAUUUAUUACAGGUGAUACAAUGAAACAGGGCUUCAAGCCUAAAUCAAUUAAUGAUAUUAAAGUAGGUAUGAAGGUAUCGUUUGUAUGUGGGGGAUGGGCAGUUCGAGGAACGGUCAGGUACGUCGGAUCUGUCUCUACAAUUGGACUUCGGCUCGGCGUAGAGUUAGAUCCAGGUAAAGGUGAAUAUUGAUAUAUGAAUAUUGAAAUGUUUUGAUAGAACUACGUAAGAGUAAGAGUAAAUGUAAAAGUGAAUAAGUUCGUGAAUUUGAAAUUUUUAAAAAGACUGUACAUCGAUUGCUGUAAGUAUCAGGUAUUUUUCGUUUCUAUCUUGCUAUUUUAUACGCACUGUCUAGGGAGCUGUCCUGAAGCACUAACAUUGAUAGGCAUCAUGAAAAUGUAUUCUGAAGGUAAUAAAACGAGGGUACUCAUUGAGGUUUGGUACCAAGAUAAUCCGCCCCAAGAUCGAAACGUUGUCCUUUCAUGAUGAAGGUUUGUGGGAAAAGGUUCUCCCAUCAUUCAUAGUAAAACUAAACCUGCAUUUAGAUUUAGUAAAUAAGACUCGCCUUUUAUAUUGAUUUUCUCUUACUUUAGAUAGCUGAAAGUUUUUUCUCUUUAUUCAGGGAAAGACUUACCGCGGUAUUGCCUUAAACACAACGGAACAUAUUACGGAAAAAGAUACUUUAGCUGGUGGGUAAUGUCAUAUCUUUCGCUUAAGAUAAUUGUUGUAACCCAGAAAUUCUUAUUCGAUGUAUACGCCAUGUGACAUCGAUGGUGUCAAAUAAGCAGGAGAUUAAUUCUGUAACGUUUCCAUCUACUCAUACACAUCUGUUUUCGGUUGGUUUCUUUAAAAAUGACAUAGGAUCUUUUUUUUUUUUGUAUUAACCCUCAGUCCACCUGAUAGAGGCAUCUUCAUCGGGUUUUCCAACGUUAUUGAGUGUUACAGAUGACGAAAACAAUAAUGUGGCUCCUGAUUCUUUGCUUCCAAUGUGAAAGUAGAAGAAAAUUCAGAACAUUCUCUGUCUACCAUCUUGAGAUGUUCGUCCACUGCUCGAAGGAGAUUUCGUCGACCAAUCACAGCAACUACUCCUUGGUCUGUUUGUGAAUUCAAUAGAAGUUAACAGGCCUGUCUUAAGGCUCGAAGAAUUUCAAAGAUUUUACGAACGUAUGAUAUUAAAGUAGAAACCAAAGAUUCUUAAUUUACAGACGUUUCUUCAAGAAAGCAUUGUGUAAACUUUCUCCGUAGUCAAUAAGCUUUUAAUCAUUAUUCACAGCUCUUUUGUUAUUUGUUUUUUGUCUUUCAAGUGCCAUUUACGGAGAAUAGGUAGAUACUAUGUAAAUUAAUUGCAACUUUAUAAAGCCAGGACCGCCACGAACUGAGGAAACUGGAGGAAAAUUUUAAUCAUCGGCCUCAAUACAUGCCUCAGUAGACGAGCAUCACUUUGCAUCACUUUCAGCAGCAUUUCAUGCUUGUACUGACAUCACAAGACAUAAUUUAGGUAAUACCGUAUUUCCUCGAAUAGGCGUCCGGGCAGCGUAUCUAAAAUUACGGCAAAAGGAGAGGCACUUUUAUACGAAGGAUGGUGGUUAAUCUAGGGCGUGCUUAUUAAGUUUUCCUUUCAACGAACUGUCUCCUUAUUUUGGCUAUAUCUUAAAUAGAAAAAAAACAAAGCUGCAACAUCCACGCAGACGUCAAGUCAGUAUGGCGAUAGCAAUAACUAGAAGCGAAACUAUUCUCCUGUACUGAUUCGGUUGUGGUUGGUCCUUAAAAAGCUACAAAUAAAGCUGCAAUAGAAACCGAUUUUCCUUGUAUCCCUACUCAUUAAGAAAGCGAGGGAAGAGGCUGUGCUUAUUCGAGGUGGGCGCUCAUUUGAUAUCAUGGUAUCGGGGGCUCGGCGCUUACUCGGGGGAGUAGAGCAUGGGCGCUUAUUGGUAAAUUAGACUCGUCAUUGUAAGAACUGUAAGCAGCUACUGGCACAGACAACUCAUUCACGACAUUGACAACAGCGAAGAACGCAAACACCGAGGACUGAAUAACAGCACUCACAAACAACAAAUAACAUCAAAGUGGCUGACCAAUCAGUUUCCACGAGCCAGAAGUAUAUAUUUCAGGCAACUAACUGUUUCCUGGACUCUGCAGAUGACUUUUGCUAUAAGUGGAUUGGUCAGCCUCUUUCAAAGGAAGCAGUUCUUCCAGAUCUACUCUCAUUCAGACGAUAGGAUUUAUGUUUUAUCGCACACUAGAAAAUCAGUAACAGCGUAGUUUCGUGAAAAAACAACAACAACAAUAAAUGUG